ACGCAGGUCACGUGGUCCAGAAAUGAUGCCAGUGACUAGCAACCUGAACCUGAAUGUCAACGUGACCCAGGGCGACACGUCACUGCACGAGACCGGAAAUGAGGAGAGCAAGCUCAUCCUCUUCGUCUGCUGGGGCAUCCUCCUCCCCCUCAUCGCCGCCAUCGGCCUCGUCGGCAACAUCCUCACCAUGAUCGUCCUCUGGCGCAAGGAGAUGCACUCCACCACCAUCCUCUACCUCAGGGGGCUGGUCGUCACCGACACGGGCAUUUUGAUUGGCUCGGUCAUCACGCUCACCCCAAUCAGCUGCGCCAACUACCUGCAAGGUCAAGCCCUGAUGUACUUCAGGGACAGCGUGUACCCCCUGAUGUACAGCCCGGCCUACUACAUCAUCAUGUCCCUACAGCAGUGCAACGUCUGGAUCACGGUGGCCGUCUCCAUGGAGCGCUACGUGGCCAUCUGCCACCCGUUCCGCGCGGCCCGGCUUGUCACGCGGCGGAAAACCAUCCUCGUCAUGAUCACGAUCGUGAUCCUCUCCUUACUCUACAACAUCCCCCACCUCUUCGCCUACCAAGCCACGCCCUGCGCCAAACUCCCAGACUCCUCCCCAGUCCAACAAGCGACUCCCCCGAGCUCCGCCGCAAGAACGUGCCUGCGAAUCGGAGACACGGAUUUCGGUACGACGGAACUCUACAAGCGGUACCGGACGGUGAUGUACAGCAUCAUCAUCUACGUGGUGCCCUUCCUGGCGCUGGUCGUGCUCAACACGUUCCUCAUCAAGGAGCUGAUGACCAUGCAGCGGCGGCGCUCCGGCACCAACAUCCACGAGGAGAACGAGGCCAACCUCAGCCUCGUUCUCGUCCUCAUCGUCAUCGUCUUCAUCUUCUGCCAGACCCCCGGGCUCAUCUCCCAGUUCGACGUCAUCAGCACGGACGUGUUCUUCUGCUGGUUGGCUGUCAGCAACCUCCUCUUCGCUACAAAUUCUGCUGUUAAUUUUCUCAUCUACACGGCGUUCGGGAGGAAAUUUCGACGCGUGCUGUUGCGUAUUUUCCGGCGCGUUUGCAACCGGAAACGCGGGGCGUUUCAGUCAAGCUACCGGACGACCUUGUACACAAAGCACGAUCUGGAAUCUUCCAGCCUGCGUGAGCACUACUGCUCGUCUCUGAGGUCGCUGCGGUGUCAUAAGAACGACCAGAAGUCGCCGGAUAAACCAGAGUCGCUUCCCUUACAGGAAACCAUGGCAACGAAGGACUGCGUACCGGAUGGUAAGAAUCUCCAGGAAGUGACGAAUGUCAAGGACGUCAUCGAGAGCAAAGGUCAAGAAAAUCUCGAGUCAUGUGAUAGUUUUAAGCGUCUCUCGUUCAACGGGAUGGACUUCCGGCUUCAAGAGGGGGUUGACUGCCGGCUUCAAGGUGCACCACAGAGGCAAAACGGCGCUAGCUGCCGGCUUCAAAGUGUUACCGACUGCCGGUUUCAAGACGGGGUCGACUGCCGGCUUCAAUGUGCACCACAGCAGCAAAACGGCGCUAACUGCCGGCUUCAUUGCGUGUCUGACCAGCACAAUGGCGAUACUUGCCGGCUCAGUGAAGUGUAGAGUGUCGAAAAUCUGCCGGCUCGACAGUUAAAACACUUCAUCACCACUGCGGAGUUCACACCUGCCGGUUUCACGAUACCGAAGAUCAGCUUUCUAAUGCUGACGUUAACCGGCUUUUACACAGCGUGUGUGUGUGUGGAAGCCUGCUUGACAACGUUUGGGUGGCGUUUAGUGAGUGAUAGCCUAACCCAUGCUGAUACCCGGUGAUGUCAUGACGUGUCAGUAACUGCUGACAUCAGAUGAGGUCAUUAUGUCUGUUACUGUUGACACCAGAUGAUGUCAUCACGUCAAUUACUGCUGAAAUAACUUCAUGUCAUACACUUAUGUCACUUUUGAUUAACACGGAUCCUGUCAAAUAAGUUGUCGUAUGUCUUCAAGGUCACUGACCUUCAAAAGGACUUCAUACACUGGCGGCACCAUAGAAUAGCACCCGACAGUAUGGAAUUCUGUAUGGGUGCUACCAGACAAGGGUUCUCAAAGUCUGCUGCCAGCCCCUCUGUAUAGCCAGACAUUGGGAAUAGAACCUGGUUUAAAACUCGAUACAAUUUUUAAAAAAAAACAGAAAUAAUUUCAAACGGUGUUUUAAAAUAUCAGGAUGAAACUCGUAUCGUUUCGAACUUCUGUUUUCAUCAGAAAAAAAAAACGCUGUACAUUUGUAAAAAAAAUGUUUUUUUUUUUUUUAUGGUAGAUCUGAGAUUUUGAUUAAAAUCUAACAAGGAGAUUUGAAUAUUUAAAAAUGUUGACGACCUACUACAGGCUAGCAAGAGGUCCAGGAAGACCUAAUAAACACGAGGCAGGACCUGGAGACUGUGUUUGUGGUUACCUGGACCUUUGACCUUGCGCCCUGUGUGUAUUGGGGAGUGACGAUUGAACUACUCACUCUGAUAGCAAUAACAGAAGGCGUUUGGAGUAGUUGUGUGCAGGCGAUUGGAGGAUUGAUAGGUGACGUCAUGCGUCAGUCACGUGUCACAACAAUUAUGUCACACAGUCACAUUACAACAAUUAUGUCACACAGUCACAUUACAACAAUUAUGUCACAGUUAGUCACAAAACAUUUGGGUUGUUAUAAUUAGUCAUGGUAUACGUGACAUGUCACAGUGAGUCACGAUAUACGCUGUAUGUCACAUUUAGUCACAGUACACCAGACCUACUUUGUCACACAUUUAGUCAGGGUAUGUGUGAUAUGUCAUAUUCGUCAGUCACAUCCCUGCUACAGACUGUCACAAAAACCAAAUCUGCCCCCCACCCCCUCUCAGCAUGACGUCACCUAU